UUUCUUCUCGUACACGCGGUGCCUUGGAGAGAAUAUCUGUUCGUAAGAGUUUGAAUAUUUGUGUUUUACAACGUAGCCGGUAGUAAUAGGAAAUUAAUAUUAAAAACAAUAAAAUUGAAGACCUUUGUUAGCUACACAAUGGAACAAAGGGUCCAAGAAUCACUGAAGCGCAUCGACACUGCUGCCACCGAAAUGCAGCGAGAUUUGGAAAAAAAUUAUGUUCGAAAAAUUCAGGCUCGUAGUUUGAGGCUUGGUGCAGAUUGUUGUUCGAAUGCAAAUUAUUCUGCAGAAGAAGUUCAGGAUUGUAUUAAGAAUGGACAUCAACCGUUGCUUAAGAUCCAAGCCAAUGUGAAACAUGAAUUAGAAGAUUUUCAGCAAAGACUUCAUCGUUGUAUGUUAUCAUGUCAGGAUAAAGUUAAAGAUACUAUGACAUCACAAAGGCAAUUGACGUCGGCUGAAGAGAAAUUAUUCAGCGAUUGUAUGUGUGCGUGCGCCGAUGAACAUCUUAAACUCAUCCCGAAGAUUAAACAACGAAUUAUUUCUGCGAUGCCGAAUUAAAAUAUCUGAAUAUUCUUGGAGACAUUUAUUAAACGAAUUGUGACAUCAUAUUCACUCGGCCAUCACUUGUUCGACGAGUGACUCAGCAUAUUUUAACGCUUUCUCUUUCACAAUUUUUGCAUCGUCAUCAUUUCCAUGUUUCGUUUCAAAUUCAACAAAUCUCCGGUAAAAAGUUUUCAUUUUUUUGCUCGACAGCGACAAUGAGGUCACCCGAUUAAAAACAUCUCUGUAAAAAACAUGUUGAGUCAUCGUUUGAUUAUGAGUCAUCACAAAUUACCUAGCAGCAUCGUACAUUCCCGCUUUCACCAAUGCAUCGACAUAUAUCGACCAAAUAUCCGUUCGUUUCCGAUAAUUCUCAAGAAUAUUUUCGAACAUCGUCCGGCCACGUUCUGCUUCACCGAGCGUGAACUCCAUUUGCGCAAACUUUGAUAUUAUUUCCAAAUCUAAAAUAUUUACGUUAGAUUCUAUAUAACGUGCGUUGGUAAAUUACUUUGUUUCUUUGGCAAACUUAGGAGGCAUCGUUUCAAGCUCUCUUGUGCCUCCUUGUAGUGAGAUUCCUCCAUUUGAUGGCGUAUGUGAGCCAACCAAACUUCUUUGUUUUGACGAAACUUAUUCGUCAUUUUUUCCAACAUUUCCCCGGCUUUCUGUUUCACAUAAUGGUUAUGAUGUUAUAAUUAAAAGUUAUGACAUCACAAUACCUCUUUCUUUCCUGAUUCCUCGUAAAUCUUGACGACACGAAAAUAAACUUUAAGUUGAUCGGAACAUUUUAA